AUGCUUUCCUUUACGUUCUCACUCGUCUUCCUCCUCUCCGUGGUUUCGUUGACCUGCUGGUGUGCGGUGGCACCCGAUUCGAACACGGGACAUUCAGCGUCGAGUUCGUGGAAUCCGAAACACGGCAACGACCAAGACAUGAAUGCCCACUUGGUUAAACGACAGGUGGUCUACGAUGUUGCCAAGAACAAAGUGUCAAAUAGAAGGGAAAAGAAAAAUGCUGACAAUGGCGAAGUCAGGCAAGAUGGAAGCCAUACGAGGAUAUGUGGUAAUUACAGAGGAGCGUGUCUCCCUGGUGGUCACGGUGGCUACCGAGGUUAACAAGAAUGCGGUGAAUGGGAUGGCCACU